CACGUGUAAAAAGUUCGGCGCGGGUCGCCCAGAGCCACUCACUCACCUGAGCGCCUGGCCACCGCGCGGAUUACCUGGAUCUGCGCCCUCGCCCCAUGUCCCGCCGCAAGGCCGGCCGCGUGCCUCGCCGCGUAGAGCCCGAGUCCGACACCGACAUUGAGAUGCCCGAUCUUGUCAUGGAUGUAAAGCCGGACCGCAACCUGGGGUCCCUGGCGCAGGGGCCCUGGCUCUCGAGGGACAUGCCCAUAUCGGGGCUCUUCGAUAUGGAGCGUCAACUCCAAACUGCCUCGCGCCCACUCGGCGCGCCCAGCACGUGUGCCCCGCGGACGCCUCUGAGUUCUAAGUCUUCCGACCGCCAGCCAUGGACCGACAAGCACCCCGAUCUGUUGACCUGCGGCCGUUGCGGGAAGAUCUUUCCAUUAGGGGCCAUCAUCGCUUUCAUGGAUCACAAAAAACAAGGCUGUCAGCUUCUCCAAGUCUCCGACCCCAUCUCAGAAUCCAAAGAGCUGAAGGCUCUGAGCUGCCUCCAGUGUGGCAGACAGUACACCAGUCCUUGGAAGUUGCUGUGCCACGCCCAAUGGGACCAUGGACUAUGCAUCUACCAGACACAACACCUAGAUACCCCAGAGGCUCCACUGUUGGGCCUGGCUGAGGUGGCGGCAGCCAUGUCAGCAGUGGCAGUGGUGGCGCCAGUUGAAAGCAAGCCCCCUCCAGUGAGCAGUGCUGCCCGGCGGAGCCCCACCUGUGAUGUGUGCAAGAAGACCCUCAGCUCUUUCAGCAACCUCAAGGUCCACAUGCGUUCCCACACUGGUGAGCGACCCUACUCCUGUGACCGGUGUUCCUAUGCCUGCGCUCAGAGCAGCAAGCUCAACAGACACAAGAAGACCCAUCGGCAGCCAGCACCCGGGAGCCCCUCCACUUCUGCUAGUAGCCGGGGAGUCUCCCCAGCAGCCCCUCCUGAACCAGCUGCCUACGCAGCUGCUCCAGCCAGCACGCUCCCACGCCAGAAUGUGGAGAAGGCUGGAGCUGCAGCCACAGCAGGAGUCCAGGAACCUGGGGCCCCUGGCAGCGGAGCUCAAGGGGGUCCAGGUUUUGUUGGCUGGGGAGCCCCUGCCAAAGUAGAGAGGACUGAUCCUGUAAAGAUCGAGAAGACAACACCUAGGAAGAGUCACGGGCCCGGGGGCAAGUGUGAGUUUUGCGGGAAGUCCUUCACCAACAGCAGCAACCUGACUGUGCACCGACGUUCACACACUGGUGAGCGGCCCUAUACCUGUGACCAGUGUCCCUAUGCUUGUGCUCAGAGUAGCAAGCUCAACCGCCACCGCCGCACCCAUGGUCUGGGGACUGGUAAAACUGUCUAUAAGUGCCCACACUGCCUUGUGCCCUUUGGCUUGCAGGCCACACUGGACAAGCACCUGCGGCAGAAGCACCCAGAGAUGGCCUGAGCCAUGUUCUGUACAGGUGUCACUAAGCAAGUGGAAAUGGACAGGCACUUUAGUCUUUCCUCUGUGUAAAUAAACCAUCUUCUUUUUA